CGACCUCAAAAACUUUUAGGUUGGCAGUUAGGUCGGCAUUGACAUUCAAACUAGGCAAACCUUAAUCGCGCCACUAAUGCGUUAUAAUUAACAACGCAUCUAAGCAGUUUUGUUCAGUCAACUGAGGUAUAAAGUUACUGAAAUCGUUAAAAAAGACAAGAUGAAGUUGCAUACUAUCUUGUUUUUAUUUUACCUUCAUUCAGUUGCACUAGAGGUAGAAGAACUCAAGUCCAACGAUGUUCCAUAUCCAGUGACUGGGUCUGAAGUUGUUUUUGUGAUAAGAAAUAACCUUGACAAAUCUGGUGUAAAAAAGGCAAAAACCAUUAAAGCAAGUAUUAAUAAGCAAGCAAAGAUGAUAAAUGAAACUGUUAUUGUAAAAAUGCUUCAUGAGAAAUGGGCAACAUAUGGUGGAUGGACAGUGUUGCCACUUGUUGAACACUUAAUCAAAGCACACUAUGAUAAAAAAUGGAUAUUUUUCUGUGAAGAGACAACAAAGGUUGAUUUAAGGGAAAUACUUACAAUUUUAUCUAGGCAUAAUCAUAAUGAGAAAGUUUUUCUUGGACAUGCAUUAUUUGAUUCUCAACCUGUUAUCAUACACCAUUUUAAAUUUUUGGAUAAUCCUAAAAGCUUUAAAUAUCCUGACUUUGAUGCGGGAUGGGCAAUAUCACAAGCAUUACUAAAGCAAACAUUUGAAAGACUGCAACGAAAUAAAGUUCCUGGUUUCUCAAUUGAUGUUAAACAUGAGGUUGCUUACUAUUUUUAUGAUGAAGGCAAUGGAACGCGGCUUACUAAUAUUCCUGAAUUUUGUAUAAACAAACCAAUUCAGCCCGGAGUAUGUGCAACAUCAGUAAUGUGGGAAGCUCCAAAUUGUGGAGAAGUUGAUGCAAAUAAUAUUUUGAUAUCAGUGAAAACUUGUGAGAAAUUUCAUAAGACUAGAGUUCCUAUUGUUCAAAAAACUGUUGCUUUGGAUGCGAAGAAUAUAGUUUAUUACAGUGAUGUUAUUGACAAGAAUAUCCCUACAGAAUAUGCUGAUAUUGCAAAUACAGAAAGAGGUCAUUGCCAAAAACUUUUUAAUAUAUUACAAAAAUUUUUAACUAAUAAAAAAUGGGAAAAGUUUACGUGGCUAGUUGUUAUUGACGACGACACAAUUAUGAACUUUAAAUCCUUGCAAAAGUUACUAGCAUGUUAUGAUUCUAAUGAACCUAUGGUCAUAGGUGAAAGAUAUGGUUAUGUGGUUAAUCAAAAUGUGCAUGGAUAUGAGUAUCCGACUGGAGGGGGAGGGAUGGUUUUAAGUCGUCCUGCGGUGCAGUUGAUUGUAAAUAGUAUCUACAAGUGUCAUAAUGCUGACGAUCCUGAUGAUAUGUGGCUAGGAUCAGCACUUAAGCAGCUUGGUAUUUCUGUAACUCAUACAAACUCUUUUCAUCAGGCACAGCCAAAUCAGUACAAUGAAGAAUUUUUAUCGCAUCGCUAUUUGGUUUCUUUCCACAAACAUGAAGGUAUGAGUCCUAUGGAUGUCUUCACAAAAUACUUAACCAAUCAAGCAGCAAAAAGUAAUAGCAAAAAGAGAAAAAGCGAAGAGCUAUUAAAGGUAAGUCCAAUCUCGUCCGGAAAUAAUGUACUGGACACGAAACUGUGUACAUCUACUCACACGAUGAAAUUUGAUUUGUUUUUGUUAACUGUUUGCAUGCACACAGUUAGUCUUGAAUAUGUUCGAUUGCAGCCUUAUGCAUUUCCUUAUCCAGUUACUGCAUCAAAUAUUGUUGUUGUAAUACGAAACAAUCUUCAUAUAUCUGGCAUAGAAAAAGCAAAAAGUAUAAAAGCAAGUAUUAUCAAGCAAGCAAAAGAAACUAAUGAAUAUGUUAUUGUGAAAAUGUUACAUGAAGAUUGGGCAACUUAUGGUGGAUGGACUGUAAUGCCACUAAUUGAUCAUUUAUACAAAUCUUAUGGUGACAAGAAAUGGAUUUUUUUUUGUGAAGAGACAACUAAGGUUGAUUUGAAUGGUCUGCUUGCUAUCUUAUCAAGAUAUAAUUAUAAUGAGAAUGUUUUUUUGGGUCAUGCAUUGUUUGAUUCUACACCUGUUAUUAUACACCAUUUUAAAUUUAUGAAUAACUCUAAAGAUUUUAAAUAUCCUGAUUUUGAUGCUGGAUGGGCAAUAUCAAAAGGAUUAUUGAAACAGACAUUUGAAAGAUUGCAACAUAACAAAUUUUCUGGUUUUAGUAUUGAUGUUAAAUAUGAGGUUGCUUACUAUUUUUACAAUGAAGGCAAUGGAACAAUGCUUACCCAUGUUCCAGCAUUUUGUAUAAACAAACCAAUUCAACUUGGAGUAUGUGCAACAUCAACAAUGUGGGAGGUUCCAAACUGUGGAGAAGUCGAUGCUGAUAAUAUUUUGGUAUCAGUUCAAACCAGCCAGAAGUUUCAUGAAACAAGAAUUCCAUUUGUUCAAAAAACUAUUGGUUUACAUGCAAAGAAUAUAGUUUAUUACAGUGAUGUUGUUGACAAGACCAUCCCUACUGAAUGUGCUGAAGUCACAAACAUAGAAAGAGGGCAUUGUCAAAAGUUCUUCAAUAUAUUACAAAUAUUUUCCAAAGACAAAUGGAGAAAGGUUUCUUGGUUGGUUGUUAUAGAUGACAACACAGUGAUGAACUUCAAUUCUCUGCAAAAGAUUUUAUCAUGUUAUGAUCCUAAAGUUGCUCUGGUCCUUGGUGAAAAAUAUGCCUUUUUAAUUAAUGAUCCUUAUGGAUAUGAAUAUCCUGCAGGAGGCGGAGGAAUAGUUUUAAGUCGUCCUGCUGUACAGUUGAUUGUGAGCAGUAUAUACAAGUGUCAUAAUGUUGGUGAUCCUGGCGAUAUGUGGCUAGGAGCUGCUAUUAAACAACUUCGAAUUCCAUUAGUUCAUACAAAUUCAUUUCAUCAGGCACAACCAAACCAAUAUAACAAAGAUUUUUUGUCGCAUCGGUAUUUGGUUUCUUUUCACAUAGAUGGCAAUAUGAACCCUAUAGAUGUCUAUAAAACCUACUUAACUAACGACCAAGGUGAUAAAUCCGUCAAUAAUAAUGAAAAAAGAGAAGAGCUAUAGUGUCUAGAGACAAAGAGUUAUAGUGUAAUGUGCCAUAGAGUGUUUUACGCGUUUUUUAACUUGCACGCUUUUUAAAAAGUCUCGCCAAAAAAUGAAAAAAAAAGUUAUAUGAUCAUCAAAAAAAUGGCGACAAGCAACAAAAGCUUAUCGAUAUAUAAGUUAAGUGAUUUAUUUUUUUAAAUUAAUAGGUUAAAUCUGUAUCUUACGAUGCAAGCGGUUUACCUAUUUUGAUAAUUUUUUUUUAAAUAAAGUUUUUGCAAAUCUUACAGCACACAACUUAAUGUUAAUAUGAAUAACCGGUUAACUUAUGGAUAAAAGGUAUCAAAUUAGUACUCAAACCUUUUUAUCUUUUUAUAGCUCUUUUUUGUAUAAACAUAUAUUUAUACUAAUAUUAAACUAUAUUGUUUUAAUUAUUCACGCAACUAGUUUUGCAUUUGCGUUAACUUGCAAAGUUGUUGCAUAACUUAAUUAUUGUUGCGUUGGUAUAAUUUUGCAAUAGUUGUUGCAUAAUUAAUUUUAUUAAUAUCAAUAUUAAUUUUAAAUUUGUUGCAUUUUUUAAAAUCUUUGAUUUAUUUAAAUUGAUUUAUUUAUAAUUUAAAAAUAUUUUCAUAACUUUAUGUUAUUUAUAUAUUAUGAAAAUUGCUUUUUUAAAGUUAUGUUUAAUAUUUAUUGAUACUUCUUUUUUUUAUGUUUUUCAUAUAUUUAUCGUGUGGUAAACAAAAUACUGUCAAAUUACUUAUAUAUUUUUUUUGAAUCUCUUUUAAACUUUUCUGUUAAGUUUUAUGAAUUAUUUAACAUUUUUAUGAAUUUUAUUUAUAUAAAUUAAAAAAAAAAAAACUAUAUUGAUAUGUAUUUUGAUUUCGGACUAUUUAUAAAAAGUUGUAUGUAGUUUUAUUUUUUGUAAUGAAUAAUUAUAUUGGAUUUUUUGUA